AUGGACUCGUUCAAGGACAAGUCUCGUUAUGAGUCGGGCAGCCACCGCGGCUCAACCGAGAUGCGCCCUGCUGUGGCCGGCGAGGGACCGUCCAACGUGCGCCCAUCGCAGGAAGGCUCCCGCGGCGACUCCAGCUCGAUUGACCACGUCGAGAAAGUCCCUGCUACCCCUGCCAAGCUGUCCAAAAGGAGGCGCAUGAGGAAUCACUGCGCGCGAUUCUGGCCGUGGUACCUCCUCGCCAACAUCAUAUUCUUGGCUAUCUUCCUGCCGCUCUUGUUCACCAAGAUCAUCCCGGCAAUCGUCCAGGGCAUUGUCAACAAGCAGGAGCUCCCAGUCUUUGGCGGUGCGUACAUCGCAAUAUCGCCAACGCAACUCAACAUCUCGCUCGACACGCAGCUCGAUACUCCGCUGCCCGCCACAAUCGAGCAGAUGGAGGUGCAUCUCUAUAACCAUGACACGCCCAACUUCUCACCCUUUGUCAAUCUAACAUUCCCGGAGAUCCACACAAACCACAAGACGAAUGUCAGUAUCAAGGACCAGACUGCGACCGUCGCCAACCACAGCGAGCUCGUCAAGUUCUUCGGCAAUGUCUUUGACAACGAGGUAGUCAGCAUCGGCAACCGAGCCAAUGUCAAGGUCCAUCUCGGCGCGUUGCAAAUGAAGGCGCACCUUGAGAAGACUGUCGAGAUCCCGGCGCUUAACAAGCUCAAGAACUUUGGCAUCAUAGAUAUCCAACUCGUGCUGCCGCCUCUUGAGAACGGCACCAAUAUCAAGGGCCAUGUCAACCUCCCUAACUGGGGACGUCUCGCUCUCGGACUGGGCAACUUGACCCUCAAUAUCUUCUCACACCAGUCAGAUAUCAAGCUCGGCAUCAUUGACAUUCCGAAUGUCAACCUGCCGCACGGCAACAACUCGUUCUCCUUUACGGGCCAGCUUGACAUCGGCUACGCGCUGCAAAACAUCGGCCCCAUCCUGGACAGCCAAGCCGACCCGCUGAGCCGUGGCGCCAUAUCCCUGGGCACCACCGGCAAUGCGACCAUGAUGAACGGCGAGCAUCUGCGCUACGUGGAAGAAGUGCUCAACAACCGCCGCAUCUUCUCGGAAAUGCCCGUCAUCACCCUGGCCAGCCAGAUCCUUGGCGGUCUUCUGACAAAUGGCAAUGGCGACGGCCCCCCUCUGCUGGAUGUCCUGGGCGACAUGGUAGGUAACAAGACCUUUGUUGAGGAAGUGCUCCACAAGUUCAACUCGACGGGUGCACUCACGGGCCUCAAUGCUACCAAGUCGGGCGGGAAGCCAAAUCACAAGAGGAGAUCAUUACCCAUGGCGCUGAAUUUGUUUAAGAUGAGCAUGAAGAUGAGAAAACAUUGA